AUGGACCUCACCUCCCGCAUAGCCCUGAAAGGGCCUCCUGCAGACUCGCCCGAAGACUUUCUCUCCUCCGCCUUGGCGACUCUGGACCCCGACGACCAACCACACAUCCACGGCGAUUCGGAUCAUGAUCUGCUCUACACGUCGCCGCAUCUGCCCAAGCCUUUCACCCUGUCGCUGGCCGAUCCCGCCACCGAGCAUGACCGUAGACUUUUCAGUCAUUAUCUCUGGAACUCAUCCCUCCUCUUGGCAGAACUCAUCGAAGCCGGCUCCUUGCCUUCACCCCUCACUCACCCAACCAGUGGCCCCUCACCUCUGGGGCCCCCUUCUUCGGCCUUCAAUGUCAAGGGCCUUGCGACUCUCGAGCUCGGCGCUGGUACGGCCUUGCCGAGCCUCCUCGCCGCCCUCCUCUCCGCCCGCCGCGUUGUCGUCACGGACUAUCCCGCUCCCUCCGUGCUCGAGACCCUGCGUGCCAACGUGACCCUCGGCGCUGUCCCGGCCGCAUCGCCCACGUCCACCGUCGCUCCCGAAAUCACAGUCGAGGGCCACGCCUGGGGCGACCUGACAACACCGCUCGCCAUGUCCUCGGCGCAUGCCUUUGAUCGUCUCCUCGUUGCCGACUGCCUGUGGAUGCCCUGGCUGCAUGACGCGCUCCUCGCCUCCGUCAGCCACUUCCUCGCCGACACGGCCGAUGCCCGCGUCUGGAUCGUCGCCGGCUUCCACUCUGGGCGUGAAAAGAUGCGUCACUUUUUCGAGGCCGACUUUCUGGCCGCCGCGGCCCUCGAGGUCGAAUCCAUUUGGGAGCGGGAUGUCGCUGGCGUCGAGCGGGCCUGGGUCGACGAGAGGCCAGGCGAGGAGGACGCAGGCCGGAAGAGGUGGCUUGUCGUCGCCAUCCUGCGGCGGACCGGCUUCGGGGCGCCGAGGGUCUAA